AUGGCGCAGGUCGGUCGCUACCGCUUUCUUACAAUAGCGGUGGUUUUUCACUUGGUCUACAUUUACAGCAUCUUCUCGAUUUAUUUUGUGAGCCCGGUCGUCCAUGGCAUGCGAGAGCACCGUCUCGAGAACAAAGAAGCGCCUGCAAAAAGAUUAGUCCUGUUCGUUGGAGACGGUCUACGUGCGGACAAGGCAUUCCAGUCCUUUCCCGACCCAGAUCCCGUAAAUAAAGACUCGAAAGAAGCCAGAGUACCCCGCCGUCUUGCGCCGUUCCUCCGCUCCCGCGUCCUCGAACAUGGCACGUUCGGCGUAUCUCAUACGCGAGUUCCAACCGAGUCCCGACCAGGCCAUGUUGCGCUGAUCGCGGGACUGUACGAGGACGUUUCCGCGGUUACAACUGGCUGGAAGCUGAAUCCCGUGCACUUCGACAGCGUGUUCAACCGCAGCAGACACACUUGGAGUUGGGGGAGCCCGGACAUUCUUCCCAUGUUCGAGCAAGGAGCCGUGCCUGGAAGAGUCUACGCGGACACUUAUGAUGCUGAAGCGGAGGACAAUUCGAAAGAUGCUUGGGUCCUGGACACGUGGGUAUUCGACAAAGUCAAGACCAUGUUUGCAGAAGCAAAGACAAAUGCCACGUUGGACGCGGAGUUGCGCAAGGAUAAGAAUGUGUUCUUCAUGCACUUGCUUGGGCUAGAUACCACAGGACACUCGCAUCGCCCAUAUUCAUGGCAAUACCUACACAACAUUCAGAUUGUAGACCAGGGUGUUCGCGAGAUGACUGAGCUCAUUGAGGAAUUCUACAAAGAUGGAAAGACUGCGUUUGUCUUCACAGCAGAUCAUGGGAUGAGCGAUUGGGGAAGUCAUGGAGACGGUCAUCCGGACAAUACUCGCACACCAUUAAUCGCUUGGGGCUCUGGAGUUUCAGCGCCCGUUGUCAAUAAGUCUGGCAUAGCGCGUGGGCACGAGGACGGUUUCUCUUCCGACUGGGGACUGGAUCAUGUCCAGCGGCAUGAUGUCGCCCAGGCUGAUGUCGCCGCUCUCAUGGCGUAUCUGGUUGGACUGGCGUUUCCAACAAACUCUGUCGGAGAGCUACCACUUUCGUACCUGGACACAGACCCCGAAUCUAAAGCUGAGGCUCUCCUCGUCAAUGCCCAAGAGAUCUUAGAGAUGUACCACGUGAAAGAGGACCUGAAGAGGUCUAAUGAGCUGCGGUACAAACCUUUUCCUGGCCUAGGCGACGAGACCCAUUCUGUUGAGUAUCGCGUUGCCCAGAUUCAGAAAGCCAUCGACGAGGGCGAUGCGGACAACGCGAUCCGACAGAGCCAAGAACUCAUCCAAUUGGGACUGCAAGGCUUACGAUACCUUCAAACUUACGACUGGCUAUUUCUCCGAACUUUAAUUACUUUUGGCUACCUUGGAUGGAUCGCAUUCGCGCUCACAACCGUCAUUGACCUUCAUGUUCUUCACGGAGACUCGGAGACGGCUCGCACUCUACCCAGCAAGAUUGUUUUCUCGUCUAUACUAGUGUUACUCUACUCUGUGCUUUUUCAGCAACGGUCGCCUUGGAUUUAUUAUGCUUACGCCUUCUUUCCCGUUCUAUUCUGGGAAGAAGUCUGGGCUCGCCUUCCGGCAAUCAAGCAGGGCGGCAAAGUGCUUUUUGCUAACGUCAAUUCGGCCGCAGACAUCUUAAGGCUUUCACUUUCCACGGUCGGCUUUUUCGGCCUUUUAGUUGCUCUCGGGGAAAGCUAUUUUAGCCGAGAGAUUUACACCAUAUGCUAUCUGUUGGCGACAUCCUGGCCCAUUUUCUAUGGUGAAAACUUUAUGAAGAAAAAUUAUGGUGCUGUCUUCUCCUGGGUGGUAUCCUGCAUGUUGAUGAGCACUUUCACCUUGCUCCCAGCAAACAAAGCAGAAAAUCUGAGCAACAUUAUGUAUGGAGGUGCUCUCAUGUUUACAGUGGGCGUACUCUACAUGGCUUUCAAAGCGCUCAGUGACAUCUUCGCCACUGAUUCGGAACGAGCCAACGCAAAAACUGAUGUCGUGUCCACGGUCAUUUUUGGAGCCCAGACAGGACUGGUCGCUCUUGCUAUGAUCGUCACUAGAUCCAGUGUCAUCACGUUAAGAGCUCGAGAAGGACUUGGAUCUGGUAAUCUUUAUGUCGGAUGGUUCACACUUUUGGCAUCACUUGCUCUUCCAUCAGCGUAUCCUCGGCACGCCAACCAACACUACCUUCAGAGGUUGAUCGUCAUAUUCCUUCAAUUCUCGCCUACUUUCAUCAUCCUCACCAUCUCGUACGAAGGCCUUUUCUACUUCUCAUUCUCUCUGUGUCUCUUCAGCUGGAUGCGGUUAGAACACAAAGUCUACCAACAUACAAUCAACGUUCCGGACAAAACUGCAAUAGCAGCGAAUUCACUAAAGCCAACCGUGGCGGCGGCGACAGACCGGCUUGCCGCACUGAAGACAGGCGACUAUCGAUCGCUGACGCUGGCGGAUGCCAGAAUCGCCCUGUUUUUCUUUUUCUUCAUUCAAUCCGCCUUCUUCAGCGCAAGCAACAUUGCAUCCGUCUCAUCCUUCUCCUUGGACGCCGUAUAUCGUCUCGUCCCCAUCUUCGAUCCCUUUUCCCAAGGUGCACUCCUCAUCCUCAAGCUCAUGGUCCCAUUUGCCGCUCUGAGUGCUACCUUCGGUCUCCUUAAUCGCAGACUUGGCGUCGCGCCCUCGGCGUUGUUUAUGGUCGUGAUGGCGGUCAGCGACGUUAUGACACUUUCAUUUUUCUACAAGGUCAAAGAUGAAGGCAGUUGGUUGGAUAUCGGUACCACGAUUAGCCAUUUUGUCAUUGCAAGUCUGCUAGGUGUGUUCGUGGCUGGGUUGGAAUUAGUCAGUGAGGGUAUCAUUGGGGAUGUAAGAUUCGUAGGAUGA